AUGACAUCCUCCUUCUCUACAGUCUCUCCAUCAAGCACAGCGUCUGCUGUCCAUUCAAAGCCAACUGUUAAGGCCAAUGUCAACCUCAAUGAAGCUCCCAGGAUCCAGCUUGGCAAGACGACAAACCAACCUGUGUCAGAUCGCCAAAAAGCAUUGCGUACGCUGUUCACUCAGUUUCAAAAGCUCUACGCAGGAGUCCUUGAGCAACAACCUACGCUUGCCCACGAGUCCAGCCUUGCCCAGGAGAACGACAUCUCUGGUACCACCAAUAACCUAAAAGCCUACAAGUCGGCCAUCCAUCACGCUGCGGUAUCCAUUUCAAGACGUCCACCGCCAGACCGUAUCCCUCAUUCGUCAAUCGGGACCGUUCGAGAGUCCAGAGCGGCUCAACAAGCUGAACAGCUUGCCAAAGCCAGUCGGUUGUCCCCUGAACGACUGCGUCGUUACUGUCUUUCCCACGAAACAAUGGUUCAAUGGGGCUAUCCCGACUCGACAAUUACAGAGCUGGUAGUACCAUCCACCACUUGUGUCUCCUCUGAGGGCUUCGCCCAGACCUGCUACCGUUGCAAGAUCGACUUUGUCGUUUCAACAUCACAGGACAUGGGUGAUUGCAUCUUUCACCAUGGUCGAACAGUCCCCGAGCGUAUCGAAGGAAAACGCGUGUGGAUCUACUCGUGCUGCCGAAAGGAGCGAGGUGCGGCUGGCUGUGAAGAGGGCGUACACGUGUUCACCGACAAUGAUGACGACGUCAAGCUUGCCCAGCGAGUCCCUUACAAGACAACUGCUCAGAUCAUUGAAGAGAAAGGGCUGAAAGGCACAAAACAUGUGGAUGUGGUGGGGAUUGAUUGUGAAAUGAUCAGCACCACCGCUGGUUCGUCUUUGGCGCGCAUAUCAAUUAUUGAUGAGAACGGGGCGAUCCUUCUCGACGAGUUUGUUCGUCAAACCGUGUCGGUCCUGUUUUCCGGUGUUCGCGCGGCUGACUUGGAGAAUGCGGUGAUGGACAUUAACGACGUUCGUGCCGCGGCUUGCUCCUUCAUCGGGCCGGAUACCGUUAUCGUAGGCCAUGGGUGUGUUGAUUUGUCAAACAGCGUCACUUCUGACACAUCCAGACUUGAGAACGACUUGCGAGCUAUGAGACUUCUCCAUCCACAUGUAAUUGACACCGCCAUUCUUUUCCCCCAUGAUAAAGGUGCACCAUUUCGUCGAGCGCUCCGUGACUUGGUCAAAGAGAAGCUUGGAUAUUUUAUCCAAGUGCACACUGCAGAUGCAGGCCACAGUUCGGUGGAAGAUGCCAAAGCGACUCUCGAUCUGUUGAAGUGGCAAGUGAGGGACGACCAGGACGACAUCCAGGCAUGA